UUGGCCACGCCUGUUCGCCUUCACUCCACCUCUACGUUUUUAGCCUUUUGUUCCGGCGCUUUUGGUCCUCUGCGGCCACCGUAGGCAGCUUGCAAGAUGGCGGCCUCCGUCUUCACGGGUGCCUUGAGAGCUGCCUCAGGGAUAUUCCGUCCCCUGAAUGUGUUGGCGUCUUCAACCUUUCGGAACUGUGCCAAGAAUACCUGUCUUAAUUCCGCACUGUGUGCCGCCCAUGUUAGACACACUCAGUCAUCAGCUGUUUCCUCUGCCCCAAGACUUGUCACAUCUGUCAGACACCUGGCAUGUGGGCCUACUGCAGAAGUCCUUAACAGAGUGGCCGCAUUGGUUCCCAGCAUCCUGAAGCCGCCGGUCAGAACUCUAACAUACUGCAGCUCACGGAAAGGCAAGAGAAAGACAGUAAAAGCAGUUGUGCAUCGGUUCCUUCGACUGCAUUCUGGCCUCUGGCUAAGGAGGAGGGCUGGCUACAAGAAAUCAUUGUGGAAAAAGUCAACUGCAAGAAAGAAGCGCCUGAGGGAAUUUGUGUUCUGCAACAAGACCCAGAGUAAACUCCUAGAUAAAAUGACAACAUCUUUCUGGAAGAGGCGCAACUGGUACGCUGGUGAUCCGUACCAGAUGUACCAUGAUCGAACGAACCUGCGAGUAUAGGUCAGAGCUUUCAUAGGUUCCCAGCUAUGGAAUGUGGAUCUUUGUGUAAAAGUGAGCAUGUGUUAAACUGUAAACUGUACCAACUGAUAGGCAAGCAUAGAAUAUCCCAUUGUGCUUUAAAACCCAAUACACUAAACAUUGCAUUGGUCAUAGAACUAAAAGUUAAAAAGUUUUGUGUAUUAUUUCCAACAAAUGGUAAUAGCUUUCCUCAUUCCCAUUAGUUUCAAGGAAUCUCAAGUGAGGAAAAAUAUAAAAAGACACUGAAAACAGUGGGCCUUUUUGUGGGAUUGAGAUUGUAUCCAGACCUUGUCCAUGCUAAACAGACAUCCUGGAUGCCUGUUUCCAGCAUGACACCUCACAGUUUGAUCUCCUACUUGAAACUGCCCCACCCCAGCUUUGGGAAGGCCAGAUUGGGUGGAGCAGGAGAUGGUGGGGCUUCAUGCCCUGGCUCUACCGUGUGUGUGAGGCUCUAUACCAUCACUGUCUUUAAGCUUGGCUUUUGCUUAUGUAAAGUUUAUGCUCCCUCAGACUGACUUCAGCUUGAACCUUUGAACCAUUACAACCAUCAACUCUGUUAUCUCAUCUCUUGUAACUGACGGGACGCUAAGCGGGCCAGCUUACCUUUUCAUUGUACUCUUACUCCAUGCCACUGUGCAGUGGAGAGCUUGCCUGUUCUUGGGUCAGGAUCUCACCCAGGCUCUCUUAGUUGUAUCAGCCAGCUUGUAUGAAGUCAAAAAGUAGUUGUUAGCUCUUAUGCUUAGAGGUGACACGGGGUAGCAAUGUACUUUCAUCCCGUGUCCUGGGUUCUUCGUGUUUAUGACUGUUAUCAUUCAUUUUAUUGUAACAAAGUACUUUUCAUAAAAGUAAGUCACCUUUCCAGAUACCCUUCUUAAAACACAUAGCUCUGCAAUAAAUUUCUGCCCAAUUUUUUUUUCAACUUCUUUUUUUUUUUUAAUGUAUGAGUGUUUUGUCUCUGUGUAUGCAUGUGCACAUACACAUAUGUGCCUGGAGCCUGGUGCCCUUGGAGGCCAGAAGAGAGUUGUUGGGUCCACCGGCAUUGGAAUUAGAGAUGGUUGUGAGCCACCAUGUGGGUGCUGGGAGUUGAACCAGGGUCCCCUGCAAGAACAGCCAAUUUUUAAAUGCUGAACUGUCUCUCCAGCCCUCUGCCCAGUUUUUCAGAGGCACUAUAUAUAUUUUUUAAAGUGUAUCCACUUAAGAUUUCUUAUUUUUAUUUAUAAGGAUAAGCUUUUUUUUCCCAGAAUUCUCUAAAAAUGCACUGUGGAAACUAAGGGGAAAGUAAUACCUGUCAUUUGAUGAGACUAAUGUGCUGCCAGCUGUGCUCAGAGGGCAACAAUGAAUGGAUGAUAAUUCAUUUUAGAAAUAAUGACUCCAUGGCUAUUUCACCGCGAAUGCACGUGAUUUUGCUUGCUCUCAAAGCUACGCAGGGUCAGGCUUAGCGAGUGGCAAGUGAUGGCUACAGUCUAAGACAGUGACUCUUAGCUCUCACACUAGAAUUAUCUGGAAGCAUCUUUAAACAAAUGAGCUUGCCUAGCUGAAAGCUCUCAUUAAAUAAAUUACUAUUUGAAAUCUG